AGCGUCGAAAGGCGGAGCGACACUGGAUGUCGACAGAGACAAUAAAACACUUUGAAGGCUAUUAUCAGCCAGUAACUUUCUUGUCAGUUAGCACGCUUCAAACUUAUUUAUGAGCCGAUCUGAGGAGACGCUUGAUUAAAACUCUUUAUAUCUGCUACACUUAAAACGAACUCCUGCAGACAUUAACAACAUUUUCAGGGCUUUAGACUGCAUUCCCUCCAGCUGAUGCCAUUUAAAAGCGUAUAUUCCCAACGAGUUGCAUUUGUUAUCACACUAAUGAGGCAAACAAAUUCACCACUUUUUCAAUUCAUGCCAGCAUUUUUUUUUAAAACAAAAAAAGAAAGAAAGAAGUUUCAGUUUUGCAAGCUGCAGACACGUGUGUGCAAGAGACUUAAUUCAUAUAUUCCCAUUCUUAUCACCUUAAUUGACUGUACGGAGUUCAAUAGACUCUGUUAAUUAUUCUCACCCCACCAGAGGGAGAGAGUUAUCACGAUUCUUGUGCCGAGUUAUCCCGAGAUGACUGGGAGAUUUGAAGCACGGAUGGGCAGAGAGGAGGGCAGGAUGGAGGGGGUGAUUGAGGGGUGAUAUCAGCUCGGAGUAGAGGCGAGAUAAAAACGAUGGAGGGGGGUCUUCUUCUUCUUCUUCUUCUCUGGCGUUUUGUAUGUGUGAUAAGGAGUGGAGGAGGAAGAGAAGGAGGAGGAGGAGGAGGAGAUGGGGAAAGAAGGGGAGGGGGGCAAGAGACCCCGUCGCGCUUUGACCCUCCGAAACCUCCGCACACAACACACACACCACCACCACCCCUCCUCCUUCUCCUCCUCCUCCUCCUCCUCCUUCUCUCCUCUUGAGCCUGAAAACACCAUCGCUCACUCCCAGCCGUGACAUUUUCCAUCCUGUCGCCGUAUGCUGCGCGGACAGCGAGCACAAGGAGCCAAAAACGAAGGGUCGCUUUCUGUCUGUCUCCCACAGCACCGAGCAUCCCGACGGCUGCGAGCCGGAGCGAGAGGCGCACCAGGCGGAGGCGAGGCGCUGCAGGAAGCCGCUGCUCCCUUUCACCGGGUUUCUGGACUACACCGGACACGGCCCGAACAGGACUGGAUACGGCGAAUAUUUACGUCUCGGACCUCGGGGGACAGAAGAAGGCAGCAAAGCUCGCUGCACUAGCCGAGCGGCGCAUCAUAGUCUCCGGUGUAGGACUGGCUGUCGAGUCGCAUGGAGAAGAGGUAUGAAGAGCUGGUGCACUACUCAGGGUCGGAGGGCAUGUCGGUGGGGGGGUACGGGGACGAUGUCAGGCCAUUUCCUCCCCCACAGUACGGACCCACCAUCCCUGACUCCCUCAAACACCACAAAGACCAGAUCUAUGGUCACCCACUGUUUCCACUGCUGGCCUUAGUGUUUGAAAAGUGUGAGCUCGCCACCUGCUCCCCUCGAGACUCCGCCUCCCUGUCAGCCACCUCCCACCUCCCUGGCAUGACCAAUCACAGCGACGUCUGCUCCUCCGAGUCCUUCAACGACGACAUUGCAGCAUUUGCUAAGCAGAUCCGUUCGGAGAAGCCCAUAUUUUCUUCCAAUCCUGAGCUGGACAACUUGAUGAUCCAGGCCAUUCAAGUUCUUCGUUUUCAUCUGCUGGAGUUAGAGAAGGUGCACGACCUGUGUGAUAACUUCUGCCAUCGCUACAUCACCUGUCUGAAGGGCAAAAUGCCCACAGACCUCAUCCUGGAUGAAAGGGAGGGCGGCUCCAAGUCUGACAUGGAGGACUUCACUGGAUCCUGUUCCAGUUUGUCAGAGCAGAAUGCAUCAUGGUUACGGGAGCCAGAUGAAUGUGCCACUACUCCUCUGGGAACGCCAGGCACCUGUGGCCUGCCUUCACUCAGCACAGCAGAUAACUGUAGCGACACAGGUGAUGGCCUGGAUGGUGGAAUAGCCUCUCCGAGUACAGGAGAGGAAGAUGAGUCCGACAGAGACAGGAGGAACAACAAAAAGAGAGGGAUUUUCCCCAAAGUGGCCACAAACAUCAUGAGAGCGUGGCUCUUCCAGCAUCUGUCGCACCCAUACCCAUCUGAGGAACAGAAGAAGCAGCUGUCACAGGACACGGGACUGACCAUCUUACAGGUCAACAACUGGUUCAUCAACGCCAGGAGGAGAAUAGUUCAGCCGAUGAUUGACCAGUCAAACCGCUCAGGUCAGGGUGGUCCCUACAGCCCAGAGGGAGCAGCUCUCGGGGGAUAUGGACUUGAUGGACAGGCCCACCUUGGGCUUCGAACAGCAGGUCUCCAGGGGAUGUCUUCUCUGCAGGGUGACUAUCCUGGUGCCCUACUGUCCCAACCAGGCUACCCUCCCCACCCAGGACCCUCCCUCCACCCAUACCCGGGCCCACACCCUCAUCCCGCCAUGCUGCUUCACCCACCACCACACGCGCACCCCGCAGAGCCGCUUCUCGCCCAGGGACUGGACAUACACGCACACUAGCUGUGGGGCGGGGGGCGGGUGCACGUGUGAGGGCAAAUUACUGUAUGAAUGUGUGUAUGUGAGUGUGUGUGGUGAGAGGUAUGUGUGUGCGUGUGUAUGUGUAGUGACACAUACAGAACACUAUUUAAAGAAAAGAGACACAUUGCUCCGAAAGUUUACAUUCCCCACUGAAAGACACUGACCUCAAUGUAGCUGUUCCACUCGCUAAGACAUACACACACAAACGCAAGUACACAGUCUGGACCCACAGGUUUAAGCCAUACCUCUUUCAGAGUAGAAGUGCUUCCUCCUCUCCAAAUGUCUCCACUGUGUCCUGUGGGUGAGACACAUGCUUUAAACUACACUUCCCAUCAUGCCUGCUGAACCACAGGAAGACUGUUGGUCAGAUCGGAGGGGCAGAUGAAUAUUUAUGCCUGGACUUUGCAAUGGACAUUACCGGAUGGGACUUGAUCCUGUGAACACGCCUUCUUAGCUACUCCCUGUCUUCCUUCACAUGUUGACUGUCAGAGAUACACACACACAUACACACCUUCGCACACAUUUAAUUUAAAGUUGAUUUGAGUUUUUUCUUAUUCUAUUUUUCUAUUUAUGUGUGCCACUCCAGGCAGAUCCAGCUUCACGCAAGCUUGUUGAAAUAUUAGUGCUCUUCCUCAGCAUGAAGCUAAACACUAUGAAUGACUUCCAGUCUGCCUCGCUCUCGUACCACUGACCUCCUUAAGACGCCAACAGGCGUCCGUUACCUUAGGAUCUUUCCUACACACACACACAACAUACACAUAGCAACACACACACAACACAGAAAGCCAUUUACACACACACACGCACGCACACACACACACACACACAAUCCUUUGUAAGCAUUUCUAGUACUUUUUUUUGUCUGUCACAGCGAUGUGUGAAGGGAGCUGCAGCCAAAGGACUCUUGAAACAUUUUGGCUCCCUCUCCACUGCUGAAUGAUAAUGGGAAAUACAGUUAAAGUAUUAAAAUGUUUUUUU